CUGCUCGGCGUGGCGGCGACAGCUGGGGCGAGAGGGGCGCCCGAGGCCGGAGGGAGCCAGGAGGGCCGGCGGGGAGCUGGCAGCGAGCGCGCGCGCCCGGGGUCGUCGGCCGCCGCGAUGUCAGCGCAGUGCUGUGCCGGCCAGUUGGCCUGCUGCUGUGGGUCUGCUGGCUGCACCCUGUGCUGCGGCUGCUGCCCCAAGUUCCGACAGUCCCGGAGCACCCGCUUCAUGUACGCGCUUUACUUCAUUCUCGUCGCCCUCCUCUGCUGCCUCAUGAUGUCAAAAACCAUGCCUAAGGAGAUGAAAGAGCACAUUCCUUUUUACGAAGACCUCUGUAAAGGCAUUAAAGCAGGAGAUACCUGCCAGAACCUGGUGGGCUACUCCGCCGUGUACAGAGUCUGUUUUGGGAUGGCCUGUUUCUUCUUCAUCUUCUGCCUCCUGACCUUAAACAUCAACAACAGCAAGAGUUGCCGAGCGCGUGUUCACAAUGGCUUUUGGUUCUUCAAACUUCUGCUGUUGGCGGCCAUGUGCUCGGGAGCUUUCUUCGUUCCAGAUCAGGAGACCUUUCUGAAUGCCUGGCGCUAUGUGGGGGCCAUUGGAGGCUUCAUCUUUAUUGGCAUCCAGCUCAUCUUGCUUGUGGAGUUUGCACAUAAAUGGAACAAGAACUGGACUGCAGGCACAGCCAGCAACAAACUGUGGUAUGCCUCGCUGGCCCUGGUGACGCUCGUCAUGUACUCCAUUGCCACCGGAGGCUUGAUUUUGAUGGCAGUGUUUUAUACACAGAAAGAUGGCUGCAUGGAAAACAAAAUUCUCCUGGGGGCAAACGGAGGCCUGUGUCUGCUAAUUUCAGUGGUAGCCAUCUUGCCCUGUGUCCAAAAUCGACAGCCAAACUCCGGCUUGCUGCAGUCUGGUCUCAUAAGCUGCUAUGUCACGUACCUCACUUUCUCGGCUCUGUCCAGCAAACCUGUAGAAGUAGUUCUAGAUGAACAUGGGAAGAACGUUACGAUCUGUGUGCCUGACUUUGGUCAGGACCUGUACAGAGACGAAAACUUGGUGACUGGACUGGGUACCACUCUCUUAAUUGCGUGCAUCUUAUAUUCAUGUUUGACAUCGACAACAAGAUCAAGUUCUGAUGCUCUGCAGGGGCGGUAUGCAGCUCCUGAACUGGAAGUAGCUCGGUGUUGUUUUUGCUUCGGCCCCAGUGGAGAGGACACUGAAGAGCAGCAGAAUGUGAAAGAGGGACCGCGGGUCAUUUAUGAUGAGAAGAAGGGCACCGUCUACAGCUAUUCCUAUUUCCAUUUCGUGUUCUUCUUGGCUUCCCUCUAUGUGAUGAUGACCGUCACCAACUGGUUCAACUAUGAAAGUGCCAACAUCGAAACCUUCUUCAGCAGGAGCUGGUCCAUCUUCUGGGUCAAGAUGGCCUCCUGCUGGAUGUGUGUGCUGUUAUACCUGUGGACGCUGGCCGCUCCCCUCUGCUGUCCCUCUCGGCAGUUCUCCGUGUGAGGAUCUGAGCAGCCCCCUUGGUUCAGCAGGCCUGCAGACUGGAAGUGACGUCCUUUGAACAGGUGUCCCAGGGGUCUGAGCAGUGACUGGCGCUUUGGGCAAGCUGGCAUCCCCUGGCUGGCUUGAAUGGGUCUGAAAAAGUUUUCAGAAAAAAAUCUCCUAAUCAGCUUUUUAAUUCUGAAAUUUGAAGAGAAACUAUCAGUUUGUCCCCCCAAAAUUGAAAUUUUCAACCAAAGUGAUUAUGGGUGAUAAUAUAUUUUGUAUGUGUUUUAUACCUAAAAACCGAGAUGGUAAUUAGCUUAGUCUUUUCCUUCUUCCUGUUUUUACCAAAACAGAGUUUGGGGCACAACAUCUUAGCACAGGGAUUAAAAACUUACUUUGUGUGGCCAUCCUUCUUAUUCUUGGAAUAGAAAAAUAUGCCAAAAUCGUGAGCCUUCAGCCUCUGCCAGAAUGCAGGGGCUCCCACCCCUCGGCCUGCAGCCCCCUGCCCACGGCUCCCUGGUAUUUAUAGGGAACAAGAGGAAACACCUGCUUUGAACUCCACCUUUGUGCUGUUUCCUCCUGGCCCCCAGCAUUUCCCUUCGAAGUUGUGAUGCUGGGAAUCAGACUUCGCUCUCUGCCCUUGCCCUUCCCAGAGGUCCCGCAUCCUUCCUGGGUUCAGCAUCUUUGUUAUAAUGUGAAGAAGCACAAUUUGCCGUCACCGCCCGUGUGGCCCCUCACCGUGCUAUCACUACCUGAUCUGAGUUACUGCAAUAAGUGUGACUCUUGUGGUGUUAUUCACAUGAUUAGGGAACAAUCUUCAUGUUGUUUUCUUUGCCUUAACGGCGGAGGGCUAUAGUUCUUACUCGUUUGUGCUGUUAAUAGUAAUAAUACUUUAGGACCUUACCUGAAAAGCUGCUUCUUGGCUGAAGCCUGCUGCACCCCUUUUCCAGUUGUUGAGGUCAGCCCCCUGGUUUCUCCUCCACCUUGAGGCCUAAAAGCAAAAGCGCUUUUGUUUUCUAGAUCUUUAAUGCGACCACACCGUUCACGUCCAUUGUGGGUUUUGGGGAGUAGGUUUUCUGAAGUGAAGAUCCCAGGCAGCACCUCAGACAGGGCUGACCAGGUAAGGCCUAUCGUACAAGUUGGGAAGUGACCACAUAUACUUAGAAGAAAAGGUGAGUGGUAGGGGCAUUUAAUUAAGCCAUAAACAACAUCCACAGAAAUUUCUAGAAUACAUACUUGUGAAGUAAUACUCAUGAGAUUUGACUUUAAGCAGCUGCCCAAUAUGUCCAUUUUCAGUGUUGGUGUUCUCCGUCAGGGAAGAGUUUUUACUCAGUGGAAAGUCCAUUAGCGACCCCAGUGGAGUCAUGGUGGGGACGCUCCUGGUAUUAUUUCAUUCAGGAUGGAAAGAAUCCUCUCGAGCUUCCUGGCAGAGAGGGUCUGAGAAUGAGAGGACUCGGCCUGUGCUUUCUGUCUGUGCCCCACUGUACGCGUUGGCAGAAACGAGUCCCACCUAAGCUGGGCUCCAGUGUGCCAAAAUGCUGGCCUGGGAAAUUGGUCAAAUUCUUCAUUUCUACUCCUUUGCCCUCCUCCCAAGAAAACAAGGGGGGAAACAAAUACAACAGAUGAAUUCCUCUAGGAAUUGCCUUAUUUACAAUGUUUGUGAUUCAGUUUUAAAAGGUACUCUUUAUGUGUAUGUGUGAGAGAGCCUUGUUUUGUAAACUUGAUCAAGUUUCUUUUUUUAUAGGCCAGGAGCUCUUUGAGCUCUGCGGGUUGAAGGUCGUCUGGAGUCACGAAUGAGUAGCCUCCCUGUGUGGCCAGUGGAAGUGGGAGUGCUGUGGGAUGCGUCGGGUGGAAGGGAGGGGUUGUGUGGGUAGCAGUGGCUGGUGCAGUGCCACAUGGCUCUGGGGAACCUGAGACUGGCUUUAGGAAAGGCCACGAGGAGAGGCAGAUCAAGAGCUGGGGUGGUAUCAGUAACUCGUUUCGUUACGUUUUCUUCCUGCUAGGGUCUCGCUGGGUCUGGCCAGCCGUGUGCCUUUAGAACUGGCCCUUACAGCAGGUCACAGUCAGGCUGACAAGGCCAUGUAUCCCUUGGCUGGCCUUUCUUGGGCCCCUUCCCCUGCAGAAAAGCUCAGGGAAACACAGAGGAAAGGACAUUGCCAUUGGCAGGGCCCUCGGAGCUUCCUUCCUUAGCCUGCCCAGCCAACCCACGCUUUCCAGCUGCAUACGGCUCGGUUUGUGGCCUGAAGUUCCUUUCUGAAGGUUGGUCUGAUGCAGGAGGAAGAGUUACAGUCACUCUGACUUUUACUCUCAACUGAAAGUUUAAGCAAGUUUAUCUGAAUGAUCAAGAGAGAUGUGGAUGUACUCUGAGGACUGAGGGCAUAUAAAUAAGUUGACUUUCAUGUUAUUAAUUGUAAUAAACAAUACUCAGGUGAUGAGUCAGCAUUCAUGGGUUUAAAGAACCUACAUUUUUGUGCUAUUGUGGGUUAAGAAACUGGAAAAUUUGUGCCAAUUGCUUUGAGUUGCUAUAAUGACGGUGUUCAUUUGAUAAACUCGCUGAUACCUUUUUAAAAUAAUAGACCUUUGCUUCCUACAACUUUUUGUAUAUGAUUUAAAAAGUGCAUUCCCUGAAGCUGCUGGUCAGACUCCCUUAAUGAUGAAAGCUCGAGAAGAUUUUUAAAAAACUGUAUGUGUAUGUUUCCUCUGUGCUGUUCAUAUGAUGUGGGAAUUUUUUCCCCUCUCGUUUUCCUGAGUGAAAACUCUCAAGUGGGGGAAGAGAGUGUUGCUGUGUACCUAGACGUGGCACCUGACUAGAGACUUUUCUAUCAAAGCCUUCGGAAACCCUCCUUUAUCCUUACUGGGUUGAGUUUUUGUAAUGCUGGUUAGUUGAUUUUGCUUUUGUCCUCAUAGUUUUUUGGGAAAUGGCUUGAAGGAGUUGUUUGCCAGAAGAAUUUGGAGCUCCUUUGUAGAGUAGCUGGACUGUAUGUCUGUGGGGUGAUGGGGCUUUGGGGUUCUGGUGCCCAUCGGGAAUGACCAUUGGGGGGCUCCCACAGCACACUGUUUAUUUCUAGUCCUCAGAGGAUUCUUCAUUCUGGAUGUCCUCUGUGUAGUACUAAUCACCCCUGGCAUUGUCACCUCUGCCUUUUUUUUUUGGUGAGGAAGAUGGGCCCUGAGCUAACAUCUGUUGCCAAUCCUCCUCUUUUUGCUUGAGGAAGAUUGUCCCUGAGCUAACAUCUGUGCCAAUCUUCCUCUAUUUUUUGUAUAUGGGACGCUGCCACAGCAUGGCUUGAUGAGCAGUGUGUAGGUCCACGCCCAGGAUCCAAACCUGUGAACCCGCUGAAGCAGAGCACGUGAACCUAACCGCUACACCACUAGGCCAGCCCACCUCUGACUUUUUAGGAGUAUGUACUCAUUUAAUGUUGGCCAGUUUCCCACCGUUGGUGCUUCAAGUCAUCCUGCAAAGGGAAUCCCAGAGUCUGUAUUUAAGCUGUCUGGGCUUUUUUCUCCCUUUCCUACCUUUCUAAAUAGCAUCUGAUUUUGGUGUCCAUUCGUGUCCUACCCCUCUGGGAAAUGAAAGAGGGCUCACCCUACGGCUAAGGAGGUUCUGACCUUGAGCUGAGGCCCUGCAUGUGCAGAAAGAACACUGGGCCCUCCUUAACCAGGGACGGUGCAGUAGCCGCUUGGCUCUUUGAACUCCCUAGGAUAUCUCUGUAAUUUGCUAAUAGAACUAACUCCCUAUGACUUUGUUGUUAAGGCCGCUGUGUUUCCUGCCAUCUUUAAUAUAUUUGUAAAGCCUCAGACAUUUUAAUCUAGUGUUGCAUUUCAGGCAGAGAUGGGCUCUAAUGUUGGAACUACUUCACAGGACCGGAGAGCUGUUUACACAGGUCUUUAGAACUAACACUAGCCAUUCUAAAGAUCUUUCUUUCUCUUUUUUCCCCUUAGAAAAUCAUUUGCAGAGGCAUUCAUUUUGAAAGGGGAAAAUAUUUGGCUUUUACCAAAGAGGUUUGUUUUUUUUUUUAAAGCAAAAUCCUUUCAGAAAAAACUUAAUUGGGGAAGGGCGGAUUAAGAAUACAUACGUCCAAAUCCACUUCUAUAAAAUUUAAUUAUAUUUAUGUGAGUAACAUAAUGGAAGAAUUCUUUAAGGUAAUCCUUUGGGGUAAAGGAUCCUGGGAAAUUCUCUCAGGUAAAGAGAGCUUGCAGCAGAUGCGUAAUAUAUGUCUUGAGAGCUAUUUAUAAGAAAUUUAAGAGGAUUUUUUUGCUUUCCUUUAUUGAAGAUUUAAGGUUUUUUUACUUUGCAAAAAAAAACUCUACAAAAGUUUUAUAGCAUACUUUGUUAAUUUUUUUAACUUUUCUGAAACAAUUAGCUGUAGCCAAAUUAUGUGGUUAUGUCUUGCUAUUAGAAUUUGGAAAUGUAAUAUGUGUGGUAAAUCUACUGUUUGAAAUUUAUAAUGGUCUCGGAUAUGGUUAGAAUUUUGGUAACUUUUAAAAUAGUUAUUUUUUUCCCUUUAGUCACAAAGGCAACUAUGGAUUUAUGUUUGUUUUUUGAAUGCUCAUUUUUCUAUGAAAUGUCUGAAGUUGACCAGUCUUUUCCUAUGUAGAAAACUCAAAACUUGUUAACUCUGUACUUUAAUAAAAUUAAAAAAUUGAAAAUCA